AUGCCAGUGACGGAAAUCAAUACUUGUCCCUCAAAUAGGGGAACACAAUCUUCAAGCUUAAAUGUACAAACAACCGAAACUGAAACUGAAACUGAAACUCAACCUCAACCUCAACCUCAACCUCAAGCUCAAGCUCGAGUUGAGGACGAACUACCUACUCAACAACAGCAACUUCAACAAUUUUUAAAAUUACAGCAACUACAACAAUUAAAGGAAACGAAAUCGUAUCAUGAUGAUACUAGCUUGACCAAUGACGCUCAAUUUCACAUAAAUACUCCUCAUGACUGUAUCCACAGUAAAUCGCUUCCCUUUAUAGAUUCACUGAGUAAUCCCAUAUAUGCAAAUAAUCAUGAUAUACCAAACAAACGUGCCAAUACUUUGAAUAGUAGUAGCCCCACUACGCUGUGUCCUAUUGCAUCAACUCAUAUACAUCCACCAACUUUUACCACCACCACCACCACCACCACAACCAUACCCGCCACCACCAUACCCGCCAACCUCUCGCAUCAAGCGAUAACCUCAAAAACAAUUUCAAAACCACAAAAAAAACCAGUUAGGAGGUACAAUCUUGAUUACUUCAACUCAUUCAGUAAUUUGAAUAUCUUGACCAAAGGACAUCAACAGCAGCGUUUCCACUCGGAGUCACCAUUAUUUUAUUCACAAUAUUUACAACCAAAUGCACAAUUUGUCGGGGAACAACAAUCGGGUAAAUCAAGAUUUCUCAUUAAAGUCGAGUUUAAAACUGUCGAUUUGUAUAAUUCAAUGGUUACCGGUUUUUUACAAAUAAAUGGAUUAACUAAAGAUCAUUCGGAAAUUACAACAUAUUUCAAAGGAGAAGUUAUCAAUAAUCCACUAAAUACCCCAACAUCUCGCCACCACCAUUACCAGAAACCGCUAUUGAAAGGUUACUCAUUUAUGUCAGAGAAUAAGGAAUGGGGAUCUUAUCCCCAAAAUGAUUUGGAACAUUGGAAAAAAUUGACAAAUUCAUCAACAUUAUCUACAGAACAGUUCAAGUCAAAAUUGGAAAACAUCCAUCGUGGCGAUAUUAAUGAAGCUAUGAAUAAGGAUCGAUUAAUUUAUAUGAGAUGGAAAGAAGAGUUUUUAUUACCAGAUUCAAGAAUUAAACUGAUUCCAAAUGCAUCAUUUGAAGGAUUCUAUUAUAUCGUUUUGAAUAUCGGUGGUGGUAAGUCACAUAAUAAUGGAUUCAAAAGUGGCUCAAUCAGUGGGUUAUACUAUCAUAAUUCUUCUGAGAAAUUCCAAUCUUUAUCAUUACAACAUGUUGUAAACCAUGGCGUUUCAGGAGUAUUUGACUUUAAUUAA